GGGUUGGGUGGGCAGGAUUCACGGGCAGGACUCCAGCACUAGUGCAGGACCAGCAUAUCCCCUUUGUUGGAAACCCAGAUCCGAGACCUCACUAGCCUUCCAAACCUCUGCGUCAUGUGGCUCUGUGUUCUAAUCCUGGUGUCUCUCACUGCUUGCACCGCUUUGGAGCACCAGGCCUCGCCACCUGUGGUGAACACUGCGCAAGGCCAAGUCCUGGGGAAGUACAUCAGCUUACAGGGGUUUGUGCAGCCUGUGGCUGUCUUCCUGGGAGUCCCGUUUGCCAAGCCCCCUCUGGGAUCCCUGAGGUUUGCUCCACCGCAGCCUGCAGAGCCAUGGAGCUUCGUGAAGAACACCACCUCCUACCCUCCUAUGUGUGCCCAGGACCCAGUGAUUGGGAAGAUGGUUAAUGACCACUUAACCAACAGAAAGGAGAAAAUUCCUCUCAUAUUUUCUGAGGAUUGCCUGUACCUAAAUAUUUAUACUCCUGCUGCAUUGACAAAAACCAGUAGGCUGCCGGUGAUGGUAUGGAUCCAUGGAGGUGGACUGGUGGUGGGCGGGGCAUCGACCUAUGAUGGACUGGCCCUCUCUGCUCAUGAGAACGUGGUGGUGGUGACCAUUCAGUAUCGCCUGGGCAUCUGGGGGUUCUUCAGCACAGGGGAUGAACACAGCCGCGGGAACUGGGGCCACUUGGACCAGGUGGCCGCACUGCGUUGGGUCCAGGACAACAUUGCUAACUUCGGAGGGAACCCAGGCUCUGUGACCAUUUUUGGAGAAUCGGCAGGAGGUGAAAGUGUUUCUGUUCUUGUGUUAUCUCCACUGGCCAAGAACCUCUUCCACAGGGCCAUUUCUGAGAGUGGUGUGGCCCUGUCUCCUGGUCUGUUUGGGAAGAACGUGAAGUCCUUGGCUGAGCAAGUUGCUCUUACUGCUGGAUGCACUCUCACCACAUCUGCUCUGAUGGUUCACUGCCUGCGCCAGAAGACAGAGCAAGAGCUCUUGGAGACCACGAUGAAACUGAACCAUUUCUUUUUUCCUGUUGUGAUUGAUGGGGUGCUGAUUCCAAAAGAACCCGAAGAGAUUCUGGCUGGAAAGAAUUUUAACAUGGUCCCUUACAUCGUGGGAAUCAACAAGCAAGAGUUUGGGUGGAUUUUGCCCACGUUGAAGGGCUUUCCACUUUCUGAAGUACAGUUCAACCAAAAUUUGGCCACCUCACUUCUGAAGAAGUCCAAGCACAUGAUGAGUAUGUCUGAGAAGCUAAUUCCAGUGAUCAUUGAAAAAUAUUUAGAAGGGACAGAUGACCCAACCCAAACUAGAGAUCGGUUCCUGGACUUGCUUGCAGAUAUGGUAUUUGGUGUUCCAUCUGUGAUUAUGUCCCGAGGCCACAGAGAUGCUGGAGCUCCCACCUACAUGUACGAGUUUCAAUACCGUCCAAGCUUCUCAUCAGAUAUGAAACCCAUGACGGUGAUAGGAGACCAUGGGGAUGAGGUCUUCUCUGUGUUUGGUGCUCCAAUUCUAAGAGAGGGCGCCUCAGAAGAGGAAAUCAACCUUAGCAAGAUGGUGAUGAAGUUCUGGGCCAACUUUGCUCGGACUGGGAAUCCCAAUGCAGAGGGAUUGCCCCAUUGGCCAGAGUAUAACCAGGAGGAAGCAUAUCUAGAGAUUGGUACCACCACCCAGGGAGCCUAUAGGCUGAAAGAUAAGGAAGUGGCUUUCUGGACUGAACUCUUGACCAAGAAACCACCACAACCAGAGCACACUGAACUGUGAGCAGGAGAUCUAAUUGAUCUGAGAAAA